AUGCCUCCCAAGUCCAAGACCGUCCGUCCCGCCCAGGAGAACAUCUCCUUGGGUCCCCAGGUCCGCGAGGGCGAGCUCGUUUUCGGCGUUGCCCGUAUCUUCGCCUCCUUCAACGACACCUUCGUCCACGUCACCGAUCUUUCCGGCCGUGAGACCAUCUGCCGUGUCACUGGUGGUAUGAAGGUCAAGGCCGACCGUGACGAGUCCUCCCCCUACGCCGCCAUGUUGGCUGCUCAGGACGUCGCUACCCGCUGCAAGGAGCUCGGCAUCACUGCCCUCCACAUCAAGAUCCGUGCCACCGGUGGUAACGGCACCAAGACCCCCGGCCCCGGUGCCCAGUCUGCUCUCCGUGCCCUGGCCCGUUCCGGCAUGAAGAUCGGCCGCAUUGAGGACGUCACCCCCACGCCCUCCGACUCUACCCGCAGAAAGGGUGGUCGCCGCGGUCGUCGUCUCUGA